GGUCUGCUGAUGCUGAGCCCAGAGUCCAGACAACGAUCACAACAGUCGUCCCAAGAUGGCAGCGUCGCCGUCCUCUUUGCGCGUCUACAGAGGAAUACUCAAAGAACUGCGGGCCAUGCAGGGGCAACAUUACAAGCAGUCACUAGCCUACAACUACGUUACCGAUCAGUUUCGAAAAAAUAUGGUAACAGGGGAGAGAUAUUGCCGUGCCCAGCGAGAGGCGCUCCAUGCAUCACAAUCAUACCUGUGCCUGCUGGCAUCCUCAAGGAACCACCAAGCCUUGCACGACCUUUACCACGGGAAGGGAGAACGCGGCCCAGAAGAGGUGGCGGGACUGGUGGGGGUGAGGUUGCCCACUCAGCCUGGAGGUAAAGGCUGGGAGAAAUGAAACUGCCCUGAGGCGUGAUGCUGGAAGGACUCAUGCCACACAAACAGCGACCUUUAGAGGGAUACGUGUUAAGUCUGAAUGAAUCAACGCUGUGUGGACUCUACCUGUGUUCCGGGGUGGUAAUACGUGUGGUAAAAUACAUUCUGGAUAGAUGCACCCCACAGUUUUCUGAUCAUACAGAUCUUUUUUUUUUAAUAUUCAAAAGCAGGAUAGACAUUCAUAAGAACUGUUCCGUUCCGAUUCAUGUCUCUGUUAAAGUAUUAAUCCCUUAAUUUAGUUCACUUUCUUUUGAAAUCAGGCUAAAUGAAAACUCGUAUGGCAACUCAUCCUACCUAAGGGAAGAGCAUUAUCUGCUCAGCUGACGGUGUUUGAUUCAUCAUAGACACAAAAUGUAUAUAAAACAAUGAUUUUUUUUUUUUUUGUCCAAUAUCAAUCCUGAGUAAUAACACAGAAGUCAAAAUCAUCAAAUCAGCUUGUGCUUCCUUGUGAAAUUAAACUGGCAUAAUAAAGGCAGCAAAAAGAUGCGCA